CAAUGGUGGUUGUAAUUUGGAACUUUGAAAGUUGAAUCUUCUUGUAUUUUCUUCUUCCAAGACUGCCUGCCGGCACUUGUUUUCAUUGUUUAACUCAACGAGCGUAGGUCAAUCAAUCCCACGUAAUGGAGUUAGUCCAAGACUGGGCCAGUUCUGGUCUGUUUAAUUCGUAUUACCGCGAUAACUUAAAAGACUGCCAAAAUUUUGAAAUCCCAAUAUAGAGAUUACUUGAGGGAGGCGCCGGAGCCAGAAUCCGGACCGCAUCAAUAGAAUAACCGAGAUCCAACUUAGGGUUUGGUUUUUUUAAUUGUGGUGAUUUAAGGGAGCUACUGCCUACUGUUGUCGGUGGUGGUUAUCGGUUUGUGAUCUUGAAUGUGAAAGUGUUGGUACGCUUGGUUUGCUUGGGCCCAUGGGUUCGAAGCCAGUGUUGUACCCUGCUCCGACUUAUCGUGCAUUCCAGUCGUAUUGGGACAAUGAUGAGGACGCGCCUGGUCCUCGAUGUGGUCACUCCCUCACCGCCGUCGCUGCCACCAAAUCUUACGGUCCUCGCUUGAUCCUCUUCGGUGGUGCAACCGCCAUUGAGGGCGGUGCCGCCUCCUCCGCCCCUGGCAUCAGAUUGACUGGGGUUACCAAUUCAAUUCAUUCUUACGAUGUUCUCACCAGAAAAUGGACUAGGCUUAGGCCUGCUGGGGAGCCUCCCUCUCCUAGGGCUGCCCACGCAGCGGCGGUGGUUGGAACAAUGGUGGUCUUCCAGGGUGGCAUAGGUCCUGCUGGGCAUUCUACUGAUGAUCUCUACGUGCUCGACUUAACUAAUGACAAAUACAAAUGGCACCGAGUGGUUGUACAAGGACAAGGUCCUGGGCCACGGUAUGGCCACGUAAUGGACUUGGUUGCCCAAAGAUAUCUGGUUACUGUCAGUGGCAAUGAUGGGAAGAGAGUUCUUUCUGAUGCCUGGGCAUUGGAUACUGCCCAGAAACCAUAUGUAUGGCAGAGGUUGAAUCCUGAAGGUGAUAAACCGUCUGCUAGAAUGUAUGCAACAGCUAGUUCCCGUUCAGAUGGCAUGUUUCUUCUUUGUGGAGGAAGAGACACCUCUGGUGCGCCACUUGGAGAUGCUUAUGGGCUGCUAAUGCAUAGAAAUGGUCAGUGGGAGUGGACUCUUGCACCUGGGGUGUCUCCUUCCCCGAGAUAUCAACAUGCUGCAGUUUUUGUUGGUGCUCGCUUGCAUGUCACCGGAGGUGUCCUUAGGGGAGGGUAUCCUGUGGAGGGUGAUGCAGCCAUUGCGGUUCUGGACACUGCUGCUGGUGUUUGGUUGGACCGAAAUGGGCUAGUUACUUCAACACGCACCAGCAAGGGGUACAAUGAAUAUGAUCCUUCUUUGGAACUUAUGCGUCGAUGUCGCCAUGCAUCUGCAUCUGUUGGUGUUCGCAUAUAUGUUUAUGGUGGUCUAAAAGGAGAUAUUUUGCUAGACGAUCUUCUGGUUGCAGAAAAUUCUCCAUUUCAGUCAGACAUCAACUCUCCUGUAUUAACAUCUGAGAGGACACCUACUGUGACCAGUCCCAGACUCAAUGCCUUUAGUUCUUUUGCAACAACAAAAAAUUUGGAUCGUGGACCUGAGGUUCCCUCAGCUGGUGGCAUGAGCAUAGAUAAGAAUUCCAUGGAAAAACUGAUGGAGGCUUCUGCUGCUGAAGCUGAGGCAGCUAGUGCUGUCUGGCAUGCUGCACAGGCAAAAUCUGCCAAUUCUACAGAAGACAUUUCUGUGUCUGAUGACUACUCACAUGCAGCAGAAACAAAUUCUGAUGGUAGUGAUACUGAAGCAGAUGUUCACCUUCAUUCCAGAGCUGUAGUGGUUGCUAAAGAGGCUGUUGGGAAUUUGGGUGGAAUGCUGAGACAGCUGUCCUUGGAUCAGUUUGAAAAUGAGAGCAGAAGGAUGGUUCCUAUGAAUAAUGAUCUGUCAUAUCCCGCUAAAAAGUUCACCCGGCAAAGGUCUCCUCAGGGGUUGCAUAAGAAGAUUAUUUCUACAUUUCUUAGGCCUCGGAACUGGAAGGCCCCUGCCAAUAGGAAGUUUUUGUUGGAUUCCUAUGAAGUUGGCGAGCUCUGUUAUGCUGCUGAACAGAUCUUUAUGCAUGAGCCCACAGUGCUUCAGUUGAAAGCUCCUGUGAAAGUCUUUGGUGAUCUCCAUGGACAGUUUGGUGACUUGAUGCGUCUAUUUGAUGAGUACGGUUUUCCUUCUACUGCGGGAGACAUAACGUAUAUUGACUAUUUAUUUUUGGGAGAUUAUGUUGAUCGAGGACAGCACAGCUUGGAGACUAUAACCUUGCUUCUUGCUCUGAAGAUUGAGUAUCCAGAAAAUAUUCACUUGAUACGUGGAAAUCAUGAAGCUGCUGACAUUAAUGCGCUCUUUGGUUUCCGUAUUGAAUGCAUUGAGAGAAUGGGGGAGAGUGAUGGAAUAUGGGCGUGGACUCGCUUCAAUCAACUUUUCAACUAUCUUCCACUUGCUGCACUUAUUGAGAAGAAAAUCAUUUGUAUGCAUGGGGGCAUAGGGAGAUCUAUUAACUCAGUGGAGCAAAUAGAAAAACUAGAGAGACCCAUAACAAUGGAUGCUGGAUCGAUAAUUUUGAUGGAUCUUUUAUGGUCUGAUCCAACAGAGAAUGAUAGCAUAGAGGGUUUGAGACCAAAUGCGAGAGGACCUGGUCUUGUUACAUUUGGGCCUGACCGAGUCACAGACUUUUGUAAGAAAAACAGGCUACAACUCAUCAUUAGAGCUCAUGAAUGUGUGAUGGAUGGUUUUGAACGGUUUGCUCAGGGCCAAUUGAUUACUCUUUUUUCUGCGACAAACUAUUGCGGGACGGCAAACAAUGCUGGAGCCAUACUUGUAGUUGGCAGGGGUCUUGUUGUGGUUCCAAAAUUGAUCCAUCCCUUGCCCCCUCCGCUACAGUCACCUGAGACAUCUCCAGAACGUGUCUUGGAUGAUACCUGGAUGCAGGAGCUCAAUAUUCAAAGACCACCAACCCCAACUCGGGGUCACCCACAGCCUAACCUUGAUCGCAGCUCACUGGCUUAUAUAUGAAUAUAUUAUCUGACUGAUUUUUGUGCACUCCUAUGCUUUGCUGCGGAAAUUUCAAGCUCAGCCAUCACAUGCUUUGUGCCGGCGAAGUUUCUGCCACUUGGCUCAAAGUAUGUUGUUGAUGUUGUAUUUUCUGAUGUACAAAGUUGCAGAAGAGUAUGGCCCUGUGUAGCCUUCCCUGAGAAGAUUUAGUUGUUGACGAGCUCAGUGUAACAUAUAAUCUACAAUUUAUAUAGUGAGAAAAUUGUGUU